GAGGAGCGAGAGCCGCCAGUAUUCACAUCGCGAUGUCCAGGAGUUACCACACUUGCACUUCCUAAGGUUAAGAAAUUCCCGGAAGACGAGGAGACAUCUCCAAAUGAUUUGCUACGCCGUGUGUUUGACCCGCUGAAGGAUUUGACAACGCUUGAUCUCUCGUAUUGGAAUAGAUUGGAAGAUCUCAGAUGCAUUCAUCCGCUUCACCUGACAACGCUAAUAUUGUUCGACGUGCCUGACUUGUACCGGGCCAUUGAUAGCAUUAUAACCAUGACGGAAUUAAGGUUUCUUGACUUGUCUCAGUCAUCGCGGGAUACAGGACUUUACCCAAGACCAGUUACGGCAUUGCACAAAAUAGUUACCAACUUGAAAGAACUGACAUGUUUGGAUAUCUCAUCGACAAAUCUUGCCGCACAACCAACUCCCAAGGAUUGGCCCGUAAAGCCAGAUAUGCACCAAGGCAAUGUACGUUCGGACAUAGUUGGAUUGCGUUUCCUGAGCAAGCCACUGGACUUUAUUGGACUGUUCAAUUGCGAAAACGCUAGUCAUUUUGGUGAAAUACCUGCAAAGCACAUAUCUGGCGAUGCUAAUGAGGAUCAGGUAAUUAUGGCUCUUCAAAUGUACAAAGAUCGAGCUGGACUGCUGCAAUCCGUUUUGAACGAGAGUUACCAGCUUUAUCGAUUUGGGAAUAGCAAUCCGUUGGUUCGUCACACGGAAGCGUUACAUUUAGUCUUGAAUGCCAUGCAGAACCAUCUUGAAGACAGCACUCUUCAAAUUGCGGGCUCUGCUAGUUUGUUCUACAUCAUCAGAAAGGUCGCUAUGAACCGUGACACAAAGAAGAGAGUUGUUAGUGCGCUUCUCAGUGGUAAGUGUCAUUAG